AAAGGAAAGCUGGAGAAACUGGUGUCUAGCCUGAGGGAAGAGGAUGAGUACUCCAUCCACCCUCCAUCAUCGUCCUGGAAGCGCUUUUACAGAGCCUUUCUAGCUGCCUACCCCUUUGUAAACAUGACCUGGGAGGGCUGGUUUCUCGUCCAGCAACUGUGCUAUAUCCUUGGGAAAGCUCAGCAUCAUUCGCCCAUGCUGCGGCUGGCUGGCGUUCGCCUGGUCAGACUGACUGCAGAGGAUAUCCAGGCCCUGGAGAAGAAAUUGGCUGGAGCCACCUCAAGUCCAACACACAGCAUUAAAACACGAGUGCAGUCAGCAAUGAGGAAAGCGUUGGGUGGCAUUGCCUUCUCCCUGUCCACUGGGCUGUCCGUCAGUGUCUUCUUCCUCCAGUUCCUGGAGUGGUGGUACUCCUCAGAAAACCAAGAGACGAUCAAAUCUCUGACAGCGCUCCCAACUCCUCCACCCCCCUUGCACCUCGAUGACGGGGCCGGCUCAGUGCUCUUACCCAAACUGAAGAGCGUGUGCCCUCUGUGCCGCAAAGUUCGUGUCAAUGCCACAGCCCUGUCCACCUCCGGCUUUGUGUUUUGCUACCGCUGCGUGUAUCGUUAUGUGAAAACUCACCAGCGCUGCCCGGUCUCAGGCUACGCCACGGAGCUGCAGCACCUGGUCAAACUGUACUCUCCCGAGAGCUGAACGGCCUGCCCCGUGCUUUCAGAGAGAUACGGCUCUCAGGUUAGCAGCUGGGCAG